GUAUAUCCAACAAUACUGAGCUCUUCUUUUCCGCCAUAUACCAGGAAGGCAUCCUUAGUCCUACGGAAGUAUUUAAGGAUGUUCUUCACAGCCGUCCAAUGGCUUUCGCCAGGGUUGGACUGUCCUGACCCGAAUUCCGACUGCAAUUGCCCCCAAAUUCUCGUUUCUUUCUCCGAAAUGGCCCCUUCCGCUAAUCCCGCAACUUGGGUCCAUGAAUCCUCUAUCAUCAAAGAGGAUGAACUUCGAGAAAUGGCCGAAUCUCUGAGCAAAGGCUUCCGGAUCCACCAUCCUGAUGCUGUCGGGGGUAUCAGUCUAUCCCAUAAUCUGGACCCCCAGAAGCAUAUGGUUAUGCACUACCAUACGGUGGGGAACGGGUUCAGGUUGCCCCUCCAUGGCUUGGUCCGCGACAUCUGCCAGACCUUUGAGUUCCCCCCUGGGGUAUCCUCCCCUGGGAGGUCGAAGGCUCCUCCCACCGUGGAAUCUCAUCCGGUCGAAGGCUCUUCUAGGAGCCAGGCUCAAGGUGACACUACUGCCUUGGCAAUCUGCACACCAUCCGCCGCCCUGGAGGCUGUUCCCAUUUCUGCCAUUCAUGGGCUAAGGAAGCCCACACCGUCCCAGAAGCGGCCACGGGAAGGGGUCACUGAUGAUGACUUCCUUCCCAAGAAGAGUAAGGGUGAUGGUGUCCCUGCUUCGCCCAACCCCCUGGCUGCUUCUUCUGGUACCGGAGAGCUGGAGUUACCCAACCCAGUUAGCUUGGACCGUGAAGCGGAUAAAUCUCCUGACCAAGCACAACUCCAAAGACCAACGGGGCGAUCCCAUCCUGUGGUGGAAAACACCUCCCCGCCAACUGCUACUACUCCCCAAGGGAUGGAGAAAGAGAUUGGAGGACAGAAGGAAACGGAGGAGCAGCAUUCCGCCGCAGCGCCCCCGACCUUCAAUCUCCCCAUCUAUUGCAGGUUCACGCUGCAAACUUAUCCUGUCUUCAAGGACGGUUGGGCAGGUUUUUCCCGUGGUCUGAACUCCCUGAAGGCCUCCCACUCCACCAUCCAGGUCAAUCUGGAGAAGAUGAAGGGAUUGGUGCAGGACCCUAUAAUUCCAGAGGCACGCCCUGACCUGCUUGCCCUUGAUGUCCUUCACUCCAUGGAGCAGACCCAACGAUCAUUCCUGACCCUGACUGAGGAGUACCUAGGUGGAGCAUGGGGAAAUUAUCGGGCCAUGGUGGUCUUUAAGGAUAAGGAGUUGGCCGCUAGAGCUCUGCAGCAAAAAGUUGGUUUCCUCAAGCAGCAAGUCCACGCCCUUCAAGAGGAGAACUCCAGGCUCAAAGCAGAUGCCUCAACGGAACUGCUGGCUGAAAGAUCCAGGGUCAAGUCCCUGCAAGAGCAGAUCGCUACCUACAAGGGAAGUACCCAAGACCUGGAGACACAGUUCAACAAACUUCGGGCGCAAAUCUCCAAUCUGGAGUCAAAAGUCUCUGCCUUAGAGGGCAAGGAGGGGAGCCUGAAAGCCGAACUGGUUGAAAGGGACUCUCGGAUCUCUGAAUUGGAGAAAUCACUCCGUGAGGCAAAGCAAGAGGGUGCCCACUUUAGUGAAGUCAUGUUGAAACACCUGGGGUUGAAACGGGAUGCCCUCCAGAAGCUGGAGAAGGAGAGAAAGAUUGUCAAAGAGCUCCGGUUGAAGGUGGGAGAACUAGAGAAGACUAGGGCUUCCCAUCAAGAAGAGGUGGCUGCCCUGACCGCCCGUGCCGAGGCCCUCUACGAAGAGGGGAAAUUUGACGUGCAGCUCUGCAUUUACUACGGCUUGCCACCGGGUGUCUAUGGGGAAAGAUGGUUUUUUGCUGGCUCACUACCUUCUGAUCUCUUCAGUAUGACAGACAGAGCCCAGGGUAAGGUUUUCAUUGACCUGACCCUUUCCGGAACUUCUUCAUCUUCAGAUGACGAUCUUCCUGUCUCUCCCGCUCAGUCCAAUGACAUGGCUAGGCUGAGUCUCGUCGAAUUCUCAAGACUCUAUCCGCCUUCACCUCCUAGUCCACCCAGGCUUCCGUCCGGGAGGAUAGAUUGGGACUCUAUGACCCUCCAAGACUUCACCUUGUACCAGAGGAUGCGCAAGGCUAGACUUGGGCAUUCUUUUCAGCCCGCAAAGGCAGAACUUUCGCGUGAAAGCCGAACAGCUUCUCCAACCCUGCCAAGGUCUCCCAGUGAUGGUUCACAAUCUGCACCACCUGCAUCCCGACCUGGAAUGUGGGAAGACUAUGACAUGGGCGAGGCUGACGAUUCCGUCGUGUGUCCUUCAUCAGAGAGAAGGAGCCCAUGGAGAGGGCCCCCACCUCCUUCCAGUUGACCGCAUGGGUGCAAUUGGCCCUCCUUCAGCGCCUAGCCCCCUGCAGAUCAGUUUUCUUUUUCUUGUUUUAUCUCGAGAGGAAUUCACUUUCUUGGUCCGGGGGUUUCCUGCAUCCUAAGCCAAGGAAUGUCUUUUGAUCCCGAAUCAGGAAUAGUCGUUGUAAUCCAAAGAUAUAACCUUCGAAUUAGCAAUCGAUGAACUUCCUUAUUUUCUUUGUUUCGUUCAUCUCAUUGGGAACGAUUAUUUUGAACCAAAGAUAUAGCCUUUGGCCCUUCAAUAUAGCCCUUUACGUUUA